AUGGGGUCCCUAGCCCGAGAAAUGGUCGAGGCUUUGAGGGAAUCAAUGAACAUAUUGAGGGUACAGAACCAAGCCCGGGAGAAUUCCAUAGAGACAAGGGCGAGUUUCCUUAUUAGAGAGUUUUUGCGGGCCAAACCGGAUGAGUUCUACAGUGGCCCUGAGCCCAAGAAAGCAGAUAAGUGGUUUGAGCAAACAGUGAAGACAUUCAAGAUGCUCCACAUUAAGGAUAACGAGCUAAGAGUGACUCUAACGAGUUACUAUCUCAAAGGGGAUGCAGGCCAAUGGUGGAAGUACGCCAAGGGUCGAGUAGAGCCGACGUGGGAAGCAUUUGUGGUGGCUUUCCAAGAUAAGUAUCUACCUCCCAUUGCUAGGGAGAGGUUGAGGCAAGAAUUUCAAGACCUCAAGCAACUUAAUAUGUCUGUGGCUGAGUUUGAGGUGGCCUUCUCUAGUUUGUCCCAGUUCGCACCCGAGUUGAUGGCAACGGAAGAUCGUCGUUGCAUUGAGUUUGAGAAGAAGUUGAGAACCAAGAUUUUGUUUAAGGUUGCAGGGUACAUGAUUCGGAACUAUGAUCACCUUGUGGAGGUGGUAGCACAUAUAGAGACUACAGUGGAGGCCGAAGAGGAGAGACUUCGGGGUUCGAGGUCGAGGGGCCAAGGGUCAAAGGGGGACUAUAGACCUAACAAGAAAAGCAGGAAUACCUUUUCAUCCCAGUUCCAACCACAGCUGUCUAGAUACACUUUUCCUUUGCCUAGUGUAGGUCUAGGGAAAAGUGCACCGAGUAACUUCUCGUGUUUUAAGUGUGGCUAA